GCCAAAGACCAGACUGACUAAUGGCGGCGUCCACGAAACAGGCCACCGGGGGCGUUGAAGAGGCCGCGGCGGAAGAGGCACCGCGAAUUCUGGAACCCGGGGCAGCCCCAUUUGGAAAUUUCCCUCAUUAUUCCCGCUUCCAUCCUCCAGAACAACGGCUCCGCCUCCUGCCCCCGGAGCUGCUUCGCCGGCUUUUCCCUCAGAGUUCCGAAACGAGGCCGAUUCUGGGGCUCGACGUGGGGUGUAACUCUGGGGAUCUGAGUGUGGCUCUAUACAAACACUUCCUUUCCCUACAUGAUGGGGAGACCUGCUCAGAUGCCUCAAGAGAACUCCAUCUACUCUGCUGCGACAUAGAUCCAGUCCUGGUGGAGCGAGCUGAAAAAGAAUGCCCUUUUCCCGAUGCCCUGACCUUUAUCACCCUGGACUUUAUGAAUCAAAGGACCCGGAAAGUACUCUUGAACUCUUUCUUAAGUCAGUUUGGACGUUCGGUUUUUGACAUUGGCUUCUGCAUGUCAAUAACCAUGUGGAUUCAUCUGAACCAUGGGGACCAUGGCCUGCGGGAGUUCCUGGCCCACCUUUCGUCCCUUUGCCGCUACCUCCUUGUGGAGCCACAGCCCUGGAAGUGUUACCGGGCAGCUGCAAGGCGUCUCCGGAAGCUGGGUCUUCAUGAUUUUGACCACUUCCAUUCCCUUGCCAUCCGAGGUGAUAUGGCGAAACAGAUUGUGCAGAUCUUGACCCAGGACCACGGCAUGGAAUUAGUAUGCUGCUUUGGCAACACCAGCUGGGACCGAAGUCUUCUGCUCUUCAGGGCAAAACAAACCCCAGAGACUCAUCCGAUGCCUGAAUUAAUGACAGAGGCAGGGAAAGAAAGGAACAGAUUAAGAUUCUGGAGACAGUGAGAUGGUAGGGUGGGAAGAUCAGGAAAGAGAUAUUGAAAGGGUGUUAUACUAAGAAUUAAGUUAAUUUUCCUUAAUUCAUAAUUGGAAGGCAGCCUCAAAACGUGGCAGAAGCUUUUGGCAAAAUGUCCAAGACAUGCAAUUGAAAGAAUCAGUAUCUAUUCCCUGCUGUUUGAGUUGAUCAUGGAAGAGAAUAUGUCUGUGGAGCAAUGAGCUGUACUAUCCAGAUUGAGAUGGCCUAGACAAAGUGGUCCUGGUUCUAGGAUAUGGAAGGGGCUGUUUUUAAUGGUUAAGAGACUUAGGCCAGGCUAGCCUUAGAAUGUAUCAGUUCCAUGGGCAACCUUAAUCUAAUCUGGCUUCUUCAGGCUUUUUCUGGACUUACUCAUCCUGCCUUCAGGCAAAACCUCACAAUACGAUCUGGAAUGAAGAGUCACUGGCGUGGCUAAAGGAGAGGGUUAAUAAGAAAAACAUCUUAUCUUUCCAGAGCAGGUCAAAUCUCCAACAUGCCCAGGCUCAGCACAGCAGGUAACAGAUACUGGCCAAAAUGCACUGACUAGCAUUUAUAAAAUAUUUAAAAGAUUUAAAUUAUGAACCCAAUAUCCAGCUGGUACAAAUGAAAUUAAUGAAGUGGGACUGUAUAAUUAUAUACAAUAAAAGUGACUUGAGUAUGAUUGAGAAUGCCCUGUGAUUCUGGCAUAGGUAGGAAACUUCUGCUUUUAACCACUCUAUCCAGGGAGGUUUCAGCUCGAGAAAAAGAACCUCACCCAAGCUCAGAAUGGAAAACAUACCAGAGUAAGUUAAUUCAGGACUUUUUUUGUUAGCGUUCUCUGCCAAAGCAUGCCAGUACGGGGGUCGGACUAUGUGCAGGGAAGCAGCAUAAAAUGCAGUCUACCAUUGGAUGACUUUAGCAUAAAUGCUAUGGGAUAGGUGUCACUGAUGUUUGUCAGGUUUUGACAACUGUGAGUUGAGUCCAAGGGAAAGUAGAAGAUGGAGAAAGAUUUGUUUGGUGGAGAGAAGAUGAGAAAACAAAAUAUACCUAGCUAAGAAGGGAGACUAGAUUGAUGAGCUUCAAAUUCCUUAAGAUCCUAUUAUUUUCUGAAGUUAUAGAAGGAGGAAUAGGGAAUAAGAGAGUCUGAACCACCAGUUAGACGUUGGACCUCUUGAUGGAGAAGUUAGUCAAAGUUCCUGGUAGAGAAUUUCAGCUUUAUGCAUGAGAGAGCAAAAACUAGCUCAGUCCCUAAACGAGAGGAGAACGGAACCUAAACCUUCAUUUAGGAAAACCAAUUUUUCUAUUUUGUGCAGGAUAAUUAUGUGGUUGGUGCCAUUUCCAAUCUCAGACUCCAGUACUACUUUUCAGUCUUUUUAUAUUCCUGCCCCUGAUCACUUUCAUCCUGGUGACUCUUGUAAGACUUUUACCCUUCUGCAGGUUCUUGACUCUAUAUCCCUGCUCCAUUAAAGUAAGCAGAUGACCAACCAGUGCCAUUCUUGUUUGUGUGUCAGGAAGUCUUUUCUUGCCCUCAGUCUUAAACCCCUUCAUCUUCCCUCCUUUUCACUUCUGAACUUUCCCAGUGAGCUUUCACCCAAAUAACCUCUGCCCAAAUUCCUGAUCCCAACCUCUACUACCUCUCCCAAACUGCUUUAUUGAGGAUCUCCUUGGUGUCUCCCUGGCCUCAUUAACUCCUUCCUGACCACCUGCCAACAUGCUCAAUUCGCUCUCAUCUUCAAGACCACCAGCUGUUCCUCUGUUCAGUCUCCCUUCAAGUUUAUUCAGUCUCUCCUCACCAAACAUGAGCAAAGCCCUUGAAAGAAUAGACCCCACAGCCUCUGCUCUCUCAUUUCCCAUUUAUCAAUGACCCCUGAAUGCCAAAUCCUGAGGCUUCUUCUUCAGUCUUCCUCCUGGGUCAUGGCACUAUUCAGUACUUUUGACCCCUUCUUUGAACUGCUCUUCCUUGGUUUCCUCACCAUGCCCUUCCCCCUUUAUUCUCUUCCUAUCUCUUAGUUUUUCUUUACUCUUGAAGCAGUUAGUUCAAAUUUUAGUUGAACUUAAGUUACCUGGAGAGUCCUGGACUCAUCUCCAGAAACAGUGAUUCAGGUUAGGAAUGGGGCCUGGGAAUCAGUUUGGUUUGACUAGAUUUUGUUUUCUGUAUUUUUUUUUUAUUGUGGUAAAAUGUAUAUGACAUAAAAUUUACCAUUUUAACUGUUUUUAAGUGUACAGUUCCAUGGCAUUAAAUACACUCACAAUGAGGAA